AUGGCGUCUCGCGGCCGAACUGCGACUGCAAACAAUGACCAUGACCGCAGCUACGACUCAAGCCCAGAUCCGUUGGCCGUGUCCGUCGAUGAGAACACAACACAAGUCAUCAGACGAAAGGCAACAAAUCGAACGCCGCUCACCAAAAACUCGCAGAGCAAACAGAACCGCACACUAGAGAUUUCUGAAUUGGACUUUGACUCACCAGCCAAGUCGAUGGUUCUGAAUACGCCGCGCGCAAGCGGCGCAAGCCCUUGGCGUAUCAAGGUCACAGUGCAGGCCGAACCUGGAAGCGAUGAGGAAAACACCAUAUCACCUUCUGUGAAGCGAGUUACACGAACAAAGACCACUACCGUCCCUCUCAAAGAUCCGGAUGCGCAAUCUUUGGUCAAACGACCCCGUGGACGACCUAGAAAGUCAGAUACUGGUGUCGCUGCUAAGACAAAGCGAAACGGGACACCAGCAAAGAAGGCAGCACGUUCAAAAUCACGAGAAGCGAGUGUAGGUGUUGCUGGAUCAAGUGCAGCAGAUGUGGACACGGACGUACCCCCGAAGAGGCGAAGAGGCCGCCCAAGGAAGAGCAUUCAGCCACCGACCGAGGAUGAAGAACCUAUUGUAAUACAGGAUGCCUCAUCAGACGACCAGAUGUUUGCAGACCUUACCUCAGUACCUACUGCCAGACCAAAGACGACAAAGUUGAAGAAGAAUGCUCGUCUUGCGAUCCUAACGUCACACGCUGUGCCAGAUGACAACGCAGACGUCACACAACAAGAAGAAAUGCCAAUUGCCGGUACGCCGUCAAACAGUUCGGAUGGGCAACUUCGCGCACGCAAGGGAACACAGCAUGCUAAGAAAAUGAUAACAAUGUCAGAAACGGCGACUGGUGGUUCUGACGAGGAUAGUGAUGUGCUCACCCCAAGCAGCGAAGAUGAUGAGCCUGAGCUACAAGUGCACAGUCAAGACGAACAAACCAUGGAUACUCAGCGCGCUAAUGAAGGACCUCAUGAAGGUUUUGAGGAAGCGGAGGAAACGCACAAUAUCGACAACUAUAUGUUUGAUGAGGGCACUACCAGGAUGCCGGAUGAUACGACCGUGCUGGACAGUGAGAACUUUAGCAUGAUCUCGGUGGAUUCCCUGCCAAGCAUUGGAGGUUCCAGCAGUCCACCAAAGCCUGAAGAAGCCCAGGGUCUGGAAAAUCGCAGUAUUGGAUCCGUUCUUGGUAUGAUUUCAGAGUCAUCAUCAGUGGCACCUCCGAGAAUAAACAUACAACCUGGCUCUCUGUCCAGCUCCACUACAUCAAAUUCUGCUGAAAGGCUACAUUCGACCGCGUCACCACGUUACACCACUCCUGUCGUUGAAGAACUCGAACAACCAUCCGAACCUCCAGCUAUUCAGCCAGCCCUGCUUGCGGCCCCCAAAGUCGAGACGCCGCAUAUUGGUCGUGUAGUGACUGCUGGUGUGGCUCUACAAGGCCUGGUGGACACCAACCGAACGACACCAGAUCCCUCGCAGAAAACGCUAACUGAGAGCCGAGACCAGUUAGAUGACCUCUUUCGAGGCUUCAGCGAAGGAACACGAAAAGAACUACAGGCAGGACUACGACUUGGUGAACAGCUGGCAGAUGGCCAAGUGAAUCUCCCAUCGCCUACGGCAUCCAGUCCAAUCAAGCCACCACCACGCCAAUCGGCACCCAAAGAAGGUGUCUUCAGGACACAGCGUAAACAUCGAUCACGUCUCCUCACGCCAGAGGAGCAAGAAUGCCAUGCUUCAGUGCCUGUGGAACAAUCUACAACAGAAGAUGACGUACAAUAUCCCUCGUUGGAUGCAGAAGAUGCCGCAAACUCACUCAUCAGCCCUGCAAAUAGUGAAGUUGAGAUGAGCUGGCAUGUUGACAGGCCGCCUGCGAGCGCGACACAUGUGACUACGAGCAGUAGUCGCGAGCAGAAAUCGGAGGCCCAAGAAUCUAAAGUCAAAGCUACGUCGACGCAACAAGAUGAUUAUGCAGAUAUAUGGCAAGAAGAAGCUUCUCGAUCAUCGAACUCAGUUGAAGAGGAUGCUCGACCUGGCCAAGAGUCUGCACAAGAUGCAGAUCUUUUCACGGAAAUUGCUGCGACUGUUUCAGCCCGUGGCGAGCAAACAAGGACCCGGCGACACAGGAAUAUGGCAGCUUUUCAGCAAGGCAUUCAGGAAAAGACUGCACGACAGCUCACACCUCCAGCCGAUUCAACAAAAUCUGAUAAUGAUGAAGUGGGUGUAGUGCUUGCGCCGGCCAUGAGGAUUCACCAAGCACUAGAGGACGAGGACACAAGCGAUGCGAACGAAGAUAGCGACGACACUGGGAUGUUUUUCCAGUCCAACAUGCCCAACAUUUUUGGAACACGAACCUACGAGCGCAGGCAACGGACAUCUGAUAAACUUAGCCUGUCUUCAUUGCUGGAUCAGGGUGAAAGCUUACUUCCAGAAUCAUCACCACCUGCCAAUGCGGAGAAGGCAUUGCCAGCUUCAGACAAAAACCCAUUUCUAGGCACACCACCCCGUUUUCCUGGGUUCCCAUGUUCGCCUUCAAAGAGCAGCCCACUCCGACGAGAGAUUCGCGGGUCCGACAUCUCUUCAGAUUCAAUCCAACAAUAUCAAGAAGAGUCGUCACUACCAGUCAUUCAGAGCUCUCCGUUCCGUACUAUCAUAGAUGGGGACAGCAUGCUUUCUAUAGCAUCGGAUCAGCGCCAGUUCCGAGUUGAGAUGGAGGGUGUAACGGAUUCUAGCAUUAUACGUGUUCGUGAGGAAGCCAACGAAUACCUAGAUGCCUAUGAAACGCAGGAACGAAGCCUCAAUGAGAUCACUGAAGUGACUGAACCGAGUAGAACAUGGUACAGGGAAUCGACUGCUCCAGCACCAAGUCCAGCGCAUCGGAAGCUUCAAUCAGCCCAGACUACAGUAUCACCUGCCCAUAAGUCUUCGCCGCGAUUCAGUAAUCACAAGGAAAGAGACUCAAUCUUGACUCCAGAAGUUGCCAGGGGCCAACUUGUGGAAAUCGAGGAUGAGACGGGGACUGAGAGCUCAGGACACGAGGAUACCGAAGCCACUUCAAGUGCCGGGUCCAACUCAGAGGUCAUGGAUAGACCCAUCAAAUCUCCGCAGCAGCAGCAGCCGACCAUCUCAGCACAUACCAACUUCAAUCUCUUCGAAGCCUUCAGUCGUCCUGCCCCUCCAGCGGCUCACCCCAUUCUCUCUCGCUACGCCGCUCUGCCUAAGAUAGAACCCUGGACCAAGACACACUACAAGACACUCGACAAGCUUUAUGCCACUCACCUCAAACACCCCGCUUUAUUCCUGCCGUCUCUCAACCCGCCUACUCCACUCUCGCAUACAAACGACCACCUCGCACAGCAAUUCCUGUCCACGAACAAAAAUCCAUAUGUCGGUGCAACCUUCUCGGCAUGGGGCUACAGUAUGAUGAUGACCGAGUCGCUAGUGGUUCUCUGUGCAGUGUUCAUGGAACUCUUGACUCUGGAGGACAUCAGGCAAUACGAGAAGCAGAGCGGAAGUGGGAUUGAAAUCGGCAAUUGCGCUCCUGGUAGAACUGGGGACCUGAUCAAAGGAGAUGAGGUAGUGAAAAGGCUGGCAACUAUUGUGCUGGGUGAGGAGGUCAGGAGUGAUGAGAAGAAGGGCUUGAGGAUCGAUCGGACUAAGAGUUUGACGAUUACCUGGCCGCAGUAA